GAUUGGCUGGUUCCGGGUCCUGGGGGCGGUGCCCCGCUAGCGAACACAAUCUACUACAGGUCGCGGAAUGGACCAAAAAACAGCUGACGAAAAAAGUACAGCGUAAAAGAAACGAGGCGAAGCUGGAAUGGUAAAACUAAGGGAGAGGCUGCAGGCUCGGAUGCCCAAGUGGAAAGCCUGGCUGAGCAGAAGCCUUCGUCCCUCCAGCCCAGUCGCGCAGGGAGCCGCGCUCUGCCUCCUCACGUUCUGUGUCGUCCUCCCCCUGGCCUGUCACAAGCUGCUGUACUCUUACUACUACUGGAGAUCCCUCUAUCUGGACUCCAUGAGCCAGGCCGCCCUGCAGGAGAGCUGGGAGAGAGGCCAGGAGGCCCUGCGGCACUGGCGCAGCCCCGGCAACUCCAGCCCCAGGCUUCGGGCAGGAAGUAGGCCGGGGGGAGAGUGAGCGGGAGGGGGGGUCGGGCUGCUGGUCACCGUGGUAACGGCGCGGCGGGAGCAGGGCCUGCAGUACCACUACCUCCUCCAGGUGGCGCUCCAGCUGCAAGGCUUGCUGGAGGCGUGCCCGGGCUGCGCGGAGGUGCUGGUGUGCAACGUGGAAGGUUCCCCCCGCGACCACGAGGACGCGGAGCUGCUGAAAAAGAGGUUCCGCGUCGAGGAGAAGCGGGGGCAGGGAAAAAACCGUCCCCCCCAUGUGCCGAACCUCUUCGAAAAGGAGAAGAGGGAUUACGUCUACUGCCUGAAACGGGGACUGGAGCUUUACCAGCCUCGGGACGUGCUGAUGCUGGAGGACGAUGCCCUGCCCCUGGACUCCCUCUUCCCCGCCCUGCGGGAGCUCCGGUCUCGUCGGUUCUACCGCGGCGCGCUCUACGUGAAGCUGUACCACCCGGAGAGGCUGCAGCGCUACUGGAACCCGGAGCCGUGCCGCAUCCUGGAGUGGCUGGGGGCCGGCGGGCUGGGCUCCUCUCUGCUGUGCCUGCUGCUGGCCCGGGCCAGGGGCGUGGCGCCCCGACUGGGACUCGAAUUCCUGUUCCUCACUCUCUUCCUCAUGCUGGUCUGUGAGCUGGCGGGCAGGCAUUACCUCCUGGAGCUCCGGCGCCUCUCCCCCCAGCUGCUCUCCGUCUCCCCCGCCACGGAGUGCUGCACCCCGGCCAUGCUGUACCCCCGGGCCGCCGCGGAGAGGGUGGCGGGGUACCUCUCGGAGGUGACCUGCAGGAAGGGACACGCCAAGGAUACGGCGCUCUACAGGGCGGUGAGGGCCCGGCCCUGGGAGCGAGCCUACAGCGUGGAACCCAACCUGGUUAGGCACAUCGGGGCGUUUUCCUCGGUCAGGGCGAGUCACCCGCAGCCCAGGCUCCUGUGAGGGGGAGGGGGGGAG